GAAAAGGAGGAGCACCACUCGUGGGGUUAAAACUUAAAACCCCGAGGAGUCGAGUCGAGCGCAUACGAGCCGAGCGAGCAGCAGCACGAGGAAGACGAAGAGGCAAAGCGACCAGGAAGAAAGAAGCAAGGCCACCUCUUCCCUGCUGCACAGAGUGGGUGCAAGGUUGCAAGCAAGCGCGAGAAGGAAGCUGUGUCCAUCAGUAGCGGCGGCGGUGAGGGGUGCUCCGCGGUCCUAGUCAUCCCCUCCGGCGGCGGUCGGAUCUGCGUUGCGGCGGCGGAAGCGUCCCCUGGAGCUCGGAGCUGUCCUUCUGAAGCUCGCCGCGUCGAGAUCUGAGUUCAGUCGUCGCGCGGGAGAAGGUUUCGCUGUGCCGGCGUGCCUCCUGGUGCUCCCGGAGCUGCGAAGGCGGCGCCUUUGGGCAUUGCCGUCCGGCUGUCCCUUCCCCGCAAGCUCUAAACCUUCCGAAGAAUUGGAACUGGGGUUCUCGGACGGACCGCCUCGCGCCGUGAUGUAAAUUUGCGCCCUCGGAUCGAAAAGGUUGCGCCUUUGCGCCGGCCGCCCGGAGGUUUGGCGCUGUUCGGCGGAGGAGCGAGUGGCGGUGCUGGGCUGCUCAAUCCGGACCCCUCCCGCGCACAUGCUUGGAAAGGCGCGUGAUUUGGUGUAGAGAGAAGGGCCCCUGCAUAGUUGCUUCGGUUCUCUCCCCCCCUCCCCCCCUCCAUUUCGUGCGCUCCUGGAUCGGUCGGCUAGCGGCGGGAAAAGAAUGAAGCUCUCGCCGUCGGCCAGCGGUGGCCUCCAGGACCAGCCGGGGUCGCCGGAAGAAGCUGAAGAGCACAAGUGCCUAAAUUCUGAGUUGUGGCAUGCAUGUGCCGGCCCUCUCGUUUCAUUGCCUGCGGUCGGUAGUCGAGUGGUGUAUUUUCCUCAAGGCCACGGUGAGCAGGUAGCAGCGUCGACAAAUAAGGAAAUGGAGGCUCAGAUCCCCAACUAUCCUAGCCUGCCUCCGCAGCUUAUAUGCCAACUGCAUAAUGUGACCAUGCAUGCUGAUGCUGAGACAGAUGAGGUGUAUGCACAGAUGACCCUGCAGCCACUCAGCCCACAAGAGCUCAAGGACCCAUUUUUGCCUGCUGAGUUAGGCACUGCCAGCAAGCAGCCAACGAAUUAUUUUUGUAAAACGCUAACUGCAAGUGAUACGAGCACACAUGGUGGAUUCUCUGUUCCACGCCGAGCAGCAGAGAAGGUGUUUCCUCCACUGGAUUUCAAUCAGCAGCCUCCUGCUCAGGAGUUGAUUGCAACAGAUCUUCAUGGCAAUGAGUGGAAAUUUCGCCAUAUUUUUCGGGGUCAGCCAAAGCGGCAUCUUCUGACAACAGGUUGGAGUGUCUUUGUUAGUGCAAAGAGACUGGUUGCUGGCGACUCUGUCCUUUUUAUCUGGAAUGACAACAACCAGCUGCUUCUGGGAAUUCGUCGGGCAAACAGACCACAAACUGUCAUGCCAUCAUCAGUACUUUCUAGUGAUAGCAUGCAUAUUGGUCUGCUUGCUGCAGCAGCUCAUGCUGCAUCAACAAAUAGCCGGUUUACUAUUUUCUAUAAUCCAAGAGCAAGCCCUUGUGAAUUUGUCAUACCCAUGGCUAAGUACGUCAAAGCUGUGUACCAUACCCGUAUAUCUGUGGGCAUGCGUUUCCGGAUGCUUUUUGAGACAGAGGAAUCCAGUGUAAGGCGUUACAUGGGGACAAUUACAGGAAUAAGUGAUCUUGAUCCUGUUCGCUGGCCAAACUCGCACUGGCGCUCAGUAAAGGUUGGAUGGGACGAGUCAACUGCUGGAGAGAAGCAGCCAAGGGUAUCUCUUUGGGAGAUUGAACCAUUGACAACUUUUCCAAUGUACCCAUCUCCUUUUGCUCUUGGAUUAAAGCGUCCGUGGCCUACAGGCCUGCCAUCUUUAUAUGGUGGAAGGGAUGAUGGCUUGACCUCUUCUCUUAUGUGGCUUCGAGACAGGGCAAAUCCGGGUUUCCAGUCACUGAAUUUCAGUGGGCUUGGUACAAGUCCCUGGAUGCAGCCUAGGCUGGAUAAUUCCCUUCUUGGUCUGCAAUCUGACAUGUACCAGACAAUAGCAGCAGCAGCAGCAUUACAGAGCACUACAAAGCAAGUUUCACCUUCAGUAAUGCAGUUCCAGCAGCCUCAGAAUAUUGUUGAUAGAUCUGCUCUUCUAUCCAGUCAGAUUCUGCAGCAAGUACAACCUCAGUUUCAGCAAAUUUACCCCCAAAAUCUCAAUGAAAACAAAAUUCAAGGUCAGACGGAGUACCUCCAACAACAGCUUCAACGCUGCCAAUCAUUUAAUGAGCAGAAGCCUCCGCUGCAUUCGCAGCAACAGGAGCAGGAAUCACAGCAGCAGCAAUGUGUGCAAACACCACAGGAUCAACAAAUGCAACAACAGAAGCAUCUGCACAACUUUCACUCCUUGCCAGAUGCAUUAUCGGCUUUUUCUCAGCUUUCCUCAGCCACUCACUCCCCAUCUUCCACACUGCAGACAGUUCCGGCAUUCUCGCAUCAACAAAACUUUCCAGAUACAAACAUUAGCUCUCUCUCACCAUCCAGUGGCUCUUCCAUGCAUGGCAUGUUGGGGCAAUUACCUUCUGAAGCAGCUUCGAGCCUCCCAUGUGUGGCAAUAAACACUCCUGUAUCAGUAUCUGACCCAUGGUCAUCUAAGAGAGUUGCAGUGGAGUCUGUUAACCCUUCUCGACCUCAUGUUGUUUCACCACAGAUAGAACAAUUGGAUAUGGCAUCAUGUAACAUGCCACAAAGCUCUGCAUUAGCACCGUUACCUGGGAGAGAAUGCUUAGUGGAUCAAGAUGGGAACUCUGAUCCUCAAAAUCACCUCUUAUUUGGUGUUAACAUAGACUCACAGUCACUUUUGAUGCAAGGUGGCAUUCCAAGCCUUCAGAAUGAUAACAGUUCAGGCACGAUUCCAUACUCAACCUCCAAUUUCCUGAGCUCUUCACAGAAUGAUUUCCCCUUGAAUCAAUCACUACAUAGUGCGGGCUGCUUAGAUGAGUCAGGUUAUGCUCCAUGUGCAGAGAAUUCUGAACAAGCAAAUCAACAGUUUGCAACCUUUGUCAAGGUUUACAAAUCUGGAAACGUGGGAAGGUUGCUGGAUAUCACUAGAUUCAGCAGCUAUGAUGAACUUCGUAGUGAGGUGGGGCGUCUAUUUGGCCUUGAGGGCCAGUUGGAAGACCCUUUGAGAUCAGGCUGGCAGCUUGUAUUUGUUGACAGAGAGGACGAUGUCCUUCUAGUUGGCGAUGACCCGUGGCAGGAAUUUGUGAACAGCGUGUCCUGUAUAAAGAUACUUUCACCGGAGGAGGUUCAGCAGAUGGGCAAGCCGGGCAUUCAGCUCUUGAGCUCGGCUCCUUCAAGAAGGCUGAGCAAUGGCUGCGACAGCUAUGCGAGCAUGCAGGAAUCAAGAAGCCUGAGCACUGGGAUGGCGCCAGUGGGUUCGGUCGAGUUCUGAAGACAGGGAUGCCCCAUAGCCCUUGGCUUUAGGAUUCUCCUUCUGUAUGUUUCUGCAGCACUAGCUAGUUUUGCGACUUGGAACAAAGCACAUAGAUCAAACGAGCUCUAUGCUAUUCCACGUCUGAUGAUGUCCUAUGGUAUAGACUCUUAGCAGUAACUACUACAUGUUGUAUACAUGCAGCACUUAGUUCUAUCGAGUACCAAUACCGCUAAUUUAGUGCAUCCAAUCAACUAUGCCCUUCUUAUUGCAAUACAGUAAAACUGUUUUUUUUUGGUCAUAACCUGUAUAUAUAUUCAAACUGUUUUGGUUC